CCAGUUCAUACGUUCACGGAUCUCUUACAUAAACUAUAUCGAUCUCAGCAACUCUCCAUCUUGUUGUGUCAUUUAUCCACUGAAACCAUAUAGUUGUUCCCAAUCUAUAGCAUAUUAUUCCUGAACGAUCCAUAGAAAACUAGUGUCUGCAUUUGCUAUAUAUAUUAAUAUUAUCCCUUGAGGCCUGAACGAUAAAUAGAAACUCACUAGCGUCUGCAUUCUGCAACCAGUGUCUUGUUACAAUCGGUUCUACGGUGUUCUCUCAUUCAUGUGAUAAGUCAUCAACGAAGAACUUUCCCCACUACAUUAUUACGAAGUUAGAUUAUCUCAUCAUGCAAGUUGAUUGGGUUAGUGUUCAUAUGCAGGCCACAAAACAUCUUCUUCACUACCUCAAGGGUACCUUGGAUUAUGGCCUCCAUCUUCGUCCAUCAUCAGAUCUUCACCUACGAGCAUUUUGUGAUUCUGAUUGGGGUGGUGAUUCCACUGACAUGAAAUCGAGUGUUGCAUACAUCAUCUACCUAGGACCCAAUGCUAUAUAUCUUGGUCCUGUAAGAAACAUAAAACAGUUGCCUAAUCAUCCACGGAGGCAGAGUAUCGAACCAUUGGUUCCACUACAACUGAAAUUCUUUGUUGGCUACGAGAACUUCUCAAAGAGCUUCAUCUCCAUCUCCCUGGCACACCACAUGUAUACUCAGACAACAUUGGAGCCACAUAUCUAUGUGUCAACCCGGUGUUCCACUCUUGCAUGAAGCAUGUCUCCAUUGAAUAUCACUUUGUUCGUGAUAUUAUAUCUCAAAUUAGUCAGAUAUUUUUUUCUCAUAUUAUCUUUUCACAUAUCUGACUCAUAAUUGUAUUUCAAAUGUAUAUAUAUCCUUGCACCUCAAUGAAUAAUGUUGUCUGCCCCAAUUCUCUUUAUUCUCUAUAGUUUUUAGGAGAUAAUUUUUAGAGUUUAUGUCA